UCUAUCUUGAAAGUACGUUUUUCACGUGAUGUUGUGCGAUUCUUAAUAAUAAACGGAAACAACGCACUCUUAAUUCGAUUUUACUAUAUUGAAACACUGGACUUUACUAAUUGCAAACUAUGGAAAAGCGAGUUACUAACUAAAGGUACAUCUGCUGCUUAGUGUGAAAGGAAAAUCUAACAAAUGUGAAAAUUAAAUAUUUCAAGUUGUUUAUUCAACGCAAAUCUUCGUAACAUACAUUUGCUUUUUUAUAAGUAAAUACUAUAUGGAUUAUAAUCUUAACAAUAAGUGAUUAGUUGAGAUUUGUUGUAACGCUAUAAAUUGCUGUCGACUAUUGGUACAUAGUUUGUUGUGCUGCAUAGCAUAUUAGUGAAUUGCAAUUGUAAUGCGUAAGACGCGUUCACAGACUCAAGCAGAAAACGCGUUACUUGCGAGUUCGCGUUCGGGAGCUGCAUCCUUAACUAGCAAUCAAGUAAAACAACAGCAUAUGAACAGCAACAAUACGCAGAAACGCAGUCAAUCAGCAGCCGUAGCACCCAAUUUUGUGGAUCCAAACGCAUAUAAGGAAUGUGAGGACAUGCUAAAUAUCUUGCGUGUGGUCGAGUUACAAAAGAUACUUUCCUUUAUGAAUAUAUCCUUUGCUGGACGUAAAAUUGAUUAUCAACGCCGUAUUUUAACUUUGUUACGUACAAAUUUUGAUUUGAUUUCCCAUAAAAUAAGAGAAGUUUACGCGCAAUCCUUAGUUGAACAACAACAAGCCACUCUGUACGGUCCUCCAGAUCCGAAAAGAAUGUAUUCACAAAUGCAAAUGCAGCCGAAUCCCGGCAAUUUAGUCUCCGCUGCAGCAGCUAAUGCUCAAAUGCCUGGAGGCGCACAGCAAAUAUUAAAUCCAGCUGCAGCUGCCGGUAUGCCGCCGACCGUUCCACCCGGUAAUAAUGUGGUGCCAUUUAUGCAUGCUAUACCCACGCAAAUGCCCAUUCAUCCGGAUGUACGUUUAAAAAAGCUGGCUUUUUACGACGUGUUAGGUACAUUGAUUAAACCCUCAUCGCUGGUACCUCGUAAUGCCCAACGCAUGCAAGAGGUGCCAUUUUACUUUACAUUGACACCGCAACAGGCUACAGAGAUUGCUUCAAAUCGUGACAUUCGUAACAGUUCAAAAGUUGAACAUGCUAUCCAAGUGCAAUUGCGUUUCUGUUUGCUGGAGACAUCUUGUGACCAAGAUGAUUGCUUUCCACCUAGUGUGGCCGUUAAGGUGAAUAACAAAAUGUGUCAGCUACCGAAUGCAUUACCACAAACGCGUCCAAAUAUGGAACCCAAAAGGCCCCCACGUCCUAUAAAUGUAACCUCAAAUGUUAAACUAUCGCCAACAGUAACAAAUACCAUUACUGUACAAUGGUCGCCGGAUUAUACUCGCGGAUAUUGCAUCGCUGUUUAUCUUGUUAAGAAAUUAACAUCUGCCCAACUAUUGACACGACUGAAAACUAAAGGUGUAAAGCCAGCGGACUAUACUAGAGCUCUAAUUAAAGAAAAAUUGCGCGAAGAUGCUGAUUGUGAGAUUGCUACGACAAUGCUGAAGGUCUCUUUAAAUUGUCCUUUGGGAAAAAUGAAGAUGUCCAUACCAUGCCGGGCGUCAACUUGUUCUCAUUUGCAAUGUUUCGAUGCCAACUUGUAUUUGCAAAUGAAUGAACGCAAGCCUACGUGGAAUUGUCCUGUUUGUGAUAAGCCUGCAGCUUUCGACAAUCUUGUAAUUGACGGUUAUUUUCAAGAGGUUUUAGCUUCAAAUCUAUUGAAAUCUGAUGAUACCGAAAUUCAAUUGCACAAAGAUGGUUCAUGGAGUACACAUAGCUUAAGAGCAGAUUCGCAAAUCUUAGAUACACCCACUAAGCCGGUGGAAAAAGUGGAAGUAAUUUCAGACGAUAUAGAACUCAUUACCACAGAAGAUGUUAAGCCAAUUAAAGCCGCUGCUGUUUCGGUUACAGUUACUUCGAACGAGUUACCUUCCUCCACCACAAAUAGCGAAACAGUGGACUUAACUUUAAGUGAUUCGGAUGAUGACGAUACGCCAUUGGCUAAGAGACGGCCUGCGUGUAAGAUCAAUACUUCAUCUGCAACUUCAUCCACCGUGUCCACAUCAAAUAUAAACGGUAAUUCAGCAAUAGCGGGUCAGCAUCGUGGCGUGUAUGUGCAGCAGAAAACUGAUGCUGAUCUAACAAUUAUCUGUUUAGAUUCACCCUCGCCGCCCUCAACUCCAGUUCGAUCUCCCAAAAUAGAGCGCACAUCAUUUACAAAAAGCCAGAUAAUUGAGACCACGUAAAGUAGGUCGAACGAUCGCGAAGAUUAGUUUGAACAAGUAAAAGAAAAGAAAAGCAAAUAACAAAAUUAUAUUCGCUCGUGAUGAGAUCUUUUAUACACGUUACCGACUAAAAAAAAAAAAAAAACUAAAUCUUCAUACUCUGUAAUACUGAGUGAACGGGGCUGACUUUUUUGCAUUUUGAGAAUAAAAGCGAAAAUUUAUAUGAUGUAUGUAUUGCACCCCAUGAGUAAGAAGUAACCCUAUAAGUAAGAAGUAAAAACACAUAAAAUAAAGGUGUUCACAGUUUUUGUUGUCUAGGGGAGUGUGGGCAUAGUAGGCGGGUCCUUUGGUCAGUUUCCGUCAUUUUGAAAUUCUUUUGCAAAUUCGUAGGCGAUCGGUAAGCAUGCGAAGCUUCCGGCCAUUAAAAGAAUUAGAAACUUUUGCAUACGUGCCAUUGACAUAGAAAAUGACUAUAAACACAUUUUAAUAAAUGGGAAAUUUUCACUCGCAAAUAAAAAAAAAAUGCAAAUAUGAAAUGCUUUACAGUCGGGCAAGGUCUACAACAAAUCGGUUUAUGCAAUUCUUCCUUCCCUUAUUUUCACUAUAAAAUACCACACCAAAAAUUAUAUCUCGUUUUCAUGUGAAGGUAUACUUUUUUGGUACUUUUUUAAGGGAGGAGUGACGCUGUAACGUGACUAGGCACGAGUCAAAUUUAACAAAAUUAAUUUUAUUUUCAAAGAUUUCAAUUCAGUUGUUCUCAUCAUGUAGUUCUAAAAAACAGCAGUGGUAGUUGCGAUUUAAAGGCUUAUUUUAUUGAAGGGGACCUUUGUAUGAAGAAAAUAAUUUUUCGAUGUCAAAAUUCGGAGGUAUUAUGGGCCUAGUUGUUUUUCCCAUAUAAAGGCUUACUUUCUCAGAAGAUUGGAGUACAUAGAGUGAGGUACGCAAAAACCGAUCUGACCGGCUCAAAUUUUUCACAUCAGUUUGAAAUCUCGAAAUAGUAUUACUUAGCACUAUUUGUGCAAAAAUACGGCGAAUGCAAAUUUCAUGUUCAGCCAAAAAAUGCUUGCGGUCGAUUUACUAACACUUCUACAAGUAACAAUAAGAGAUCGGGAAGAUUUGUGUUGCGAACAUGUAGUUAGUUCUGGCGAAUAUCUGGGUAGCAACGUUUCGGAAACAUAUACUCCGAGUCGUAAGUGCUACAAUGAUAGUGGUGGAUACGACUUUCGUGCUCGGCUGAGAAUACUAACAAGCCAGCAUUCCAUUCUUAUUGUUCCCUUUGAGAAAAUGGGUUAUCUUCAUCCAAUAAAAUUAGCAUACAAAGUCAGCGUAAAGCGGAAAAGAUAAAACUUUAAAAGGCUUAAGUAAAGCUUACGAAAACACUGUCGUCCUAACCAUCGGAAGCACCUUAAGGAGUAAUAUCAAUUUGUGAUUUCAUUUUACAUCCUAUACCGUAUGUAUUACAAAGUUAUAUUAAGUUUGUACGAACGUGCGCCAUACUCUUAAGGACUUGAGAUGAAUCCUUCUUUUAUUGUAGAAAGUGAAUCAAUAUAAGCUUGUCUAUCUCUUCGUUUUCAUCCUCCCUAUUUUUGAGGUGUUUUGAUGAAAUUUCUUACACAGACUUGUUUUGGCCCAAGGACGAACUUUAGUGAAAAUGGUUCGGACUUCACAUAAAGAAUAUAAGAUUCGUUAUAUGUAUAAUUGUACCAAGCAAACUAACGUAGGAUCCGUAUCCCAUAGUAGUGUUUUUACCUGCUUUUUUCUUGCGUUAAAUUAUUUUUUAAAGAGUCAUACAUCUUAUAAAAAAAUGAUGCAAUAUUCCACUAGA